AUUCAAGAAGGUGCUAAUGUUUUUAGACCUCCACUAUUAUGCGGCCAUGAUUAUACUUUUUGGAAGUGUCGAAUGAGAGCCUUUCUCAAGUAUCUUGGUGGACAGGUUUGGAGAAGCAUAGAGGUUGGAUGGUCAGCUCCUACUAUGACCAAUGCAGAUGGAGAACUAAUUCAGAAACCUUAUGAAAGAUUUAGCAAGAAAGAAAAGGAUGCUGCAGAAUCGAAUGAUCAGGCUUUGAAUGCAAUCUUCAGAGCGGUUGACAGAAAUCAGUUCCGUCUUAUCUCAAAUUGCACAGAGGCCAAGAGAGUUUGGGACAUUUUUCUUAUUACUCAUGAAGGCACUACAAUAGUCAAGGCUGCCAAACUUCAGAUCGUGAUGUCCAAAAUUGAAAAUCUUAAGAUGGAGGAUGCUGAGUCUAUCACAAAUUUUCAUGGGCGGGUUAGAGAGUAUGCAAAUGAGGCUGAAAGGCUUGGUGAACAAAUUGCAGAAAACAAGCUGGUGUUGAAAGUGUUACGUUCUCUUCCAGAAAAAUACUCUAUGGAUGUUAAAGCUAUUAGACAAACACAAUCUCUCAAUGUUAUUGUUGACGGUGACUCUGAUAGUAACGUGGAUCCAAAGGAGAUGCUUAUAAUUGUUGAAGAAAAAUUUCAAGAGUCUCUACGGGUCAACAAGAAAAAAUGUUUGGAAAAUGAUAGCCUCAAACGUGAACUUGCUGAAUCAAAACGCGAUGUGGAACAACUCAUCAAAGAGUUACAAAGAUACAACGGUAAAGUUACAGCAGAGGAUGACACAGAUGAUGAUACAGAAGAUGACAUAGAUGCUGACACAGCAGAAGAGCUAUCUAUUCUCCAAAGGAAGUGGGUACAACUUGUUCAAGCCAACCAGAAAACUGUCCUGGAGAAUCAUCAGCUUGUUGCUGAGCGCGAUAGACUAAAGGAGAAUAUUUCAAAACUAGAAAAGAAGAUUGAAGACUUAGAAGGGCAACAAUCAGAUCUCAAGUAUGAAUUAAAUCAACUCAAAAACUUUCACAAGUGGGUGAGAAGUGCUGGAGCAAAAGCUAUUGAGGAGCAAGUGAACGUUUCAAAAUUUUAUGGAGACAAGACGGGUCUCGGAUUUUCAGGUUCCGAAAGCAAUAAGACCCCACUUGACUUGUUUGUUGAUCGAAGAAAGGAAAUUGAUCAAAAAGUCCCACAAGGAACGAAAACAGAAGCUGCUGCAUCUGCUCAAACAUCUUCUGCCAAACCCGCUGAAGCAUCUCAUGAAGCUUCUACUGGAACAAUUUAUACAGCACCCUAUGUAAAAAGGCAAAGAGUUGUGACACAAUCUAGUAUGAGAAGACACAAGGAUCAUUAUCCUAAACCUGAAAGAAGGUGUUAUAGCCCUCUGUCAGUCAUCUGUUACUGUGACAAUGCUGCAGUAUCUUCUCUACAACAUAGUUGUUUGAUCUGUUUGCGUUGUUUUCAAUUGGUGAUUUCCGCUUCACUCCCACGAACUUACAAUGGAGUGGUUCUUCUCUCAAUCCCAGUUUGCCCUAGACGAGAAUGGCAAGACACAUUAAUUAUGGCUUUUGAGAGCAACUCAAAUGUACUCGACGCGUCUGCUAACGGACAUUUGAGCUGUCUGUCCAUCUCCUCAAAUCUUCUACAACAAGAUGUUAUGCAGGGUGCAAGGAUGCCAAGCGUCACAGAACAUGGGUUAAAUGAUGGGUCAGUAGAGACUAAGGAAGCUGAAGAUGAAGAAAAGAAGAUCCAAUUGUUAUUUCAACUUGCUUUUGAUGCCUACUUCGAAACAAUCUUCAGGGCAGUGCAAAAAUAGGUUCUAGAGGCUUUGAGCACAACAAGAAAAACAAAAUGUACAAAUCAAUGUCUGCUCAUCAUCAAUUUUGAAAAUUUAGAGGAAUAAUGAAUCUUCUAAUGAAAUGAGUUUUUUAAACGACAAGGAUAAAAGAAAUUUGAAAAACACAAAACCAAAUUCAUAAAUAAGAUACAGAUUUGCUGCUGGAUUAUUAAAAUUUAAAAAAGAAAAAAAAUUGCUAACCUUAUUGCAAUUAAGAUCAAUCUAAUGAUUGAAAGCAUACUUGAAUUCAUAAUUGUAUCCCUCCCAGAUGUGAUAUACGAACCCUAAAAAUGGACGAAAUCUCUCGAAUAGGCCAGAUCUGUUCAUGUCUC